AUGAGUCAGACCCUAAGCCUAAGCCCAAUUCAAAGUGUGAGAGUAAGUGUAAUCCUAAGCCUCAUUCAAAGUCUGAGAGAAAGUCAUAGCCUAAGCCAAAAGCAAAGCUUGACUUUAAACUUAAGCAUAAGCUCAAGUCACAGUCUAAGCCUAACUAAGCAGGAGCUUGAACCCAAGCAUGAGCCUAAGUCUGAAUCUGAGCCUAAAGCUGAGCCUUAGCCUAAAACUGAAGAGAAUUUUUUAGUCCGUGCUCAAAAUUAGUUUUAUGAUCAAACCAUAUAGGCUGUCUAAACUAUAGACCGUCUAAACUUUUGCUCUAACUUACUAAACCUAAACUAAAAAAUGUUAUAUGUAUUAUGAAAUUUACCCAAAAAACUUUUUAAGCUUGCAUAGUCUAAAAACAAUAAAAAUCAAACCCUAAAAACCCCCACCCUUUGUUUAAACAAAUUCCAACGAAAAAACAUAAGCGGCUUCUUCAAAAACUUAAAGCAGAGUUAAGUCGCUAAAUUUUCCUCAUUCAGAUUUUUGUUGGCAUUCGAAAAGCGACGCGCUUUUUUUCGCCUCAAGGUCGUGGAAAGCACAAGGAAUUGAGAUUUAAUUUAAUUAGCUAUGUACACAGGUGAGACAACCGUGACAUUGGAACGGUAUGGAUGUUGGUGUUCCUUGAGCUGGAAAAUUAUUCGGUUUGAAUUUUUUUGUUUACGAGUUUAUUAAAAUUAAUUUAUUAUCAAUAAAUAAAGCAAAUUUCAGCUUUAACAUACUAGACGAAUAAAUAUUCUAAGCCUGAGCUUAAACUUAAAGGCUAAGGCUAAGGCUAAGGCUAAGGCUAAGGCUAAAGCUAAGGCUAAGGCUAAGGCUAAGGCUAAAGCUAAGGCUAAGGCUAAGGCUAAGGCUAAAGCUAAGGCUAAGGCUAAGGCUAAGGCUAAAGCUAAGGCUAAGGCUAAGGCUAAGCUAAAUAUAAAUCAAGGUUUCAUUUACGCUCGAACCAAGGCAUAA